AUGGCCAAUCUGCGCCCAAUCGACCUCUUUCGAGGAUGGCCUGCGCCAGACCUUAUUCCAGUCCAGUCUUUCCAGGAAGCUGCCGCUAGAGCUCUAUCAGACAAAAUUACAUCAGGCGCCGGCUUCGGCUACGGUCCAGACGAAGGAUAUUUUCCACUUAGACAGAAUAUUGCGCAAUGGCUGACUGGGUUCUACGGCCCGCGGGAAGCCAUUACUGCCAGCCGAAUUUGUAUCACGGGUGGCGCAAGUCAAAAUUUGGCCAGCAUUCUACAGGUCUUUACCGACCCUCUCCAAACACAGCUCAUAUGGCUGGUCGAACCUGCUUACCAUUUGGUUUUUCGGUCUUUUGAAGAUUCAGGAUUCGACGGACGGAUGAGAGCCGUACCGGAAGAUGAGGAGGGAAUGGAUGUUCAUGCUCUCGAGGCAGCUCUGGAAAGACAUCACGCUGUCGGGUCCAAUGAAAAUUCAUCAAACGGCUACGUGACCAAACCGCACAGAUCGCAUAGGAAGAUUUACAAGCAUAUCAUUUACUGUGUGCCCAGUUUUUCCAAUCCCUCGGGGACCGUUAUGACGCGCCCACGGCGUGAGGCUCUCGUCAGGCUCGCUCGCAAAUUCGAUGCUUUGAUCAUCAGCGACGAUGUCUAUGACUUCCUUUCUUGGACUGGAAGCUCCAGGAAGCCAGUAGGCAGUCAGAUACAGCGUCUGGUUGAUAUCGAUCGCACUCUCGACGGUGGGCCGCUGGACCGCUUCGGAAAUGUGGUGAGCAAUGGCUCAUUCAGCAAGCUCCUUGGUCCUGGGUGCCGAGUUGGAUGGGCGGAAGGCACCGAAGGCCUUGUUUACGGGAUUUCACAGGCGUCAGUUGCUCAUUUCACCCCAUUUGACAUCAUUUCCUUAUCUAAUACAUCACCUCCUAGUGGCCAAACAAAAUCUGGCGGUGCACCCUCGCAGUUGAUCUCGACGUUUAUCAAUGAACUCUUGGAAUCAGGAACAUUGCAGCAACACAUUAGUACAAAAUUGGUUCCAGAAGGACAUCGCCGAUACUCGCUAAUGGUUUCUGCCAUCAAAGAGCGCUUGACUGGUCUUGGGGUCACCUUCUCACAGGGUCCUGAAGAGACUACUUUAGUUGGUGGCUAUUACGUUUGGGUAAAAUUACCUGACUCCAUUGACGCCAAUCAAGUGUGUCAAAAAGCUCUUGAGACGCAAAAUCUCGAUGUCGGCAAUGGUGGCCUAUUUGCAAUUCCAGGAGGAGGUUCUGGAUGCAAGGAUUUGCACCGGAGGUUACGGUUAUGCUUUAUGUGGGAAGAUGGAGAACAUCUGGUCGAAGGCGUCAAUAGACUUUCCUUGGUCAUUCAAACAUUACUAGGUGACAUGCAAAGCCGCGUUACUGUUUGA